AUGGUCCACCUCGACAAUAGACUCGCCGUCGUUCUCUUCAUAUGCACCCUGCUUGCAUUCGUGGUAGAAUCGCAGCUGACCCAGUAUGUGCAGACGACCUGCAACUAUCGCCAUCCCUUCUUCAUAUUCUACAUCGUGCACUCGUCCUUCUCUCUUAUCCUACCAGCCCAUAUGCUCUAUUUCAUGGUGACUUCGAACCAUUCGCCAUAUACCCUUCUGAAUGGGCUUUCCCUCGCCAUCAAGGAUCAUCUAGAACCUAUCCAAGCUUCGGCUUCGACAACGUUCCCCCGGAAAGCCUUCUUUCGGCUAAUCGCAUUCUUGACUGUGGGCAUCACAUACCCAGGGCUACUAUGGUUCGCAGCUAUAUCGAUGGCCUCGGUUAGCGAUGUCACAGCCAUCUGGAACACAAACGCCUUCUUUGCGUACAUUCUCACCGUUAAAUUAUUCCAUCUCAAAUGGGAACCUCGACGGUUAAUUGCCGUUCUAAUCGCGACGCUUGGUACUCUCGCUGUCGUUUAUGGAGGCGUCACAACAAGCCGGGAUGAAAACAUGGAAUCGCUUAACCUUCCCUCGUUCAAACCCAGCGCACCUCUCAUCGGCGAUCUCUUGACCCUGGUAGCGUCUGCUGGGUAUGGCCUCUAUCAGGUCCUAUAUAAGAAAUACGCUGCUCUUCCUUCUGAUCCAGAGCUUGUUGCGGAAGGCUUAUACGAGGCCAUAUCCGACUCUGAGGAUGCAUCACAUGGCGAAGCUUAUACUUCCAUGACAGACUCCAUAACAGACAAGGACGAUAUGGUCUACCCACCUCCUUUCGGGCUGUAUCCAAAUGCGUUAACCUCUGCUAUCGGGUGCUGUACCCUCGCAUUGUUAUGGAUCCCCUUGCCAAUAUUGCAUUACUUUGACGUUGAGAUUUUCGCUUGGCCUCCGGACUGGGCAACUACGUUCGCUAUCGCCGGUAUUGCACUGAGCGGGCUCAUCUUCAACGCAGGUUUCAUGAUUCUUUUGGGAGUGUGGGGCCCGAUCAUCACUUCUGUUGGUAACCUGCUUACCAUCGUGCUGGUGUUCUUCUCGGAUGUUAUAUUUGGUGCCGGGAUUCAAGCCGUAACAGGAUGGAGCCUUGUAGGAUGCGGCGCCAUCAUCGCUGCUUUUGGUGUGCUUGCAUAUGACAUGGCUUCAUGA